AUGGCGAAGGAGGAAAGUAGUGAGAUAUCAGAGGAACCUGUGAUCUUGAUGAUGGUCACCCAACCAAAGAGAUCAAGUGAUGAAAUCUGGUAUAUUGAUUCGGGCUGUUCGAAUCACAUGACUGGUCAUCGUGAGUGGCUAGUCGAUCUUGAUGAAAGGAAGAAAAGUACUGUGAGGUUUUCAUAUAACAGGUUCAUACAAGCCGAAGGUGUAGGAAAUGUAGUUGUGACAAAGCAAGAUGGUAAACAAGCCAUCAAUUCUGAUGUCUUAUACGUGCCUGGGAUGAAAAGCAAUUUGAUCAUCAUGGGUCAGUUGUUCGAGAAAAGAUAUUCGGUGAGAAUAGUUGACAACUUUCUUGAGGUCUGUGACACAACAAAGAAGACUGUGAUUAGAGUGUCAUUAGUCAGGAACAUAACAUUUAAGGUUAGCCUGAACAACCUUGAUACUCAAUGCUUUUCCGCUGUGAUAUAUACUGAUGAAUCCUGGUUGUGGCACCUAAGAAUGGGGCACUUAAAUUUCAGAGACUUGAGUCGAAUGAGUUCUGAAAAAUUGGUGAGUGGUCUUCCAUUGAUCAAGACUCCUAUAAAGGUUUAUGAAAAUUGUUGGAUUAAUAAGCAGUCCAGAACCUCAUUUAGUAAUUUCAUUACAUCAAGAAGUAGUGAAAUACUAUAG